AUGUCUCCUUCGCCUAAGUUAGAGUCCUUGUGGCUCGACGAGCCUUCGACAAGGAAAAAAGAUAAGGUGCUGCGCUCACUUCAAUCCAAACGCGAUCUGCUGCUCCAGCUGUUUGAACUCGACGGAGAGUUCCCAAAAAAAGGUAAAAAGUCGACGUUGACCAUCUCGACACCAUUCGCAUUCACCCACACGUCACAUCUUAGUGAAAGAGAGUGCUUUGGACUGGAAAAGGCGUUCAGAGAGGAAGACUUGGACUUCAUUCCAUCUAUUCUGAAAACGGAAUUGCCAACCUCUGGUAAUGCACGUCGGCCUGUUUCCUCCUUUAGAACCUCACCAACUGCUGCAAGCCCUAUAAUAUCGGAAUCAAGGCCUGUGUCCAGACAUUACAGAGUGAACUCCACCUCCUCCACCUCCCAGCUCUUCAGCAGAGCCAACUCCACCUUCACAAGAUCUACGUCUAUCUCUACCCUAAGCUCGCUCAACCCAUCGAUCCAGGAAAGUCCUGUCAGAACUCUCAGACCUCCUGACAGACUCCCUUCCAUUCCACAGGAGAAUUCAGAACAAGAGGUCGUCAAGUCGCUGGAAAACACACCUGAGAACUGGCUUUCUCUUUCUGUGAACACUGAGCGCAAUCACGAACUGUUCGAGCCAGUCUCGGAAGAACCUGAAGACAUUCGUCUUCGUAAAUUCGAGUUUCCUUCCUUCUUGAUGGAUACCCCCACCGACACAACCCCAACCGAUCCCCCACACAUUCGCAAAGUUCCAUCGAUCGGAUCCCCCAUCCACUCUCGCGACUCUUCGUUCACCUUUGAACUGUUCCACCCUCUUGAUCAUGCAGGAUCAGGAUCUCCUGCUAACAAGCUCGAGCUUCUACCAUCCCCUGUGGACUCUCAAGACGUGAACGAGAUCUCUGAUAACGAAGACACUCUGAUCUCGUUGAACGCAGCAAACGUGAGCAGGCUCUCCAGAUUGAGCAUGGCCACCGAUCAUGAUUUCACCGAAAACUUCUCAAAGACACUCAGCCAACUUCGUUUACCAGACAUCCUGGACGAAGAAUCUAUAGAUGAAUUAUGA